UUGGGCUGCCGUGCUCUGAAAGCCCAUUCAGUGGCCUGCGCUGGUAACACUUACGGCCCACGAGAGGUUGAGAGCUCAGCGGUCAGGUCGUCGUCUCCCCAUCCCGUGCGCCUCUCCCGUUCUCUAUCCUCUCUCAUCUGGCUCCUCCACUCCUCGAGCUCCAAACCUCGCGUAAACCCCAGCCCCCGCGCGCAGAGGAGAGCGGAUUGCCUCCGCGGGAUGAAGACGAGGUCGCAGACGACGCCGAAGCCCCUCAAGACGGUGGCGCUGGCGCCCAGGCCCGACAGCCCCAAGCGGAGGCCGAGACCGAUGCCGAAGCCGGCGGGGAAGGGUGACCCCCGCGCGCCCAAGAAGCCACCCACCGCCUUCUUCUACUUCAUGGAGGAUUUUCGGAAGACUUAUAAGCUGGAAAAUCCAAGUGUAAAGUCAAUGCGGGAAAUAGGAAAGGCAUGCGGCGAAAAAUGGAAUACGAUGUCGUUUGAGGAAAAGGUGAAGUAUUAUGAUAUAGCUACCGAGAAACGUGCAGAAUUUGAGAAGGCGAUGAUUGAAUAUAACAAGAAAAAGGAAAGUGGAGAGAUGUCUGAGGAAUCCGAUUAGGACUAGAGCUGAAGAUUUUGCUAUUCCAAUUUCGGAUGGUUCACCGCUACUGGUUGAAUCAAUCAAUUGUAUAUUACAGAACUCAGAACUGUGAUUUGUAAUGGAAUUUGUAGAUACCAGUAGGAGUCUUCAGUUCAUGCACAAUUGUGUCAUCUGUAAUAGACUGGUCGUAUUUAACUGACACAGAGUCAUUGGUGAUUCUAGUCUGGACAGAACUUGCUAACUGCUCGAUUUGUUCGCUUCGCACUAAAUAUAGAAUACCUGUAGUAAAGAUUGAUGAA